AUGGUGGAGGACCGCCUCGACCUACUCUUCGCUGUCAUGGAGGGCAAGGACAUCACCAGGCUCAUUGCCGUGGGCAGGGAGCAGCUCGCCUACGCAUGCUCUGGAGCCGCCGCUACCGGGGACGAGGCCGCCUCCCUCCAUGCGCGCCCCCUCCUCUACGACGCUACCGGGCCCCGCCGGUGGCUGCGGGCGUGGCUGCCUCCCCAGCGCCACCUCCUCCCUCUACUCCGCGUGCGGUCUUGUGCUACAGGAAACCCUAGAGAAUGCCAAAUUGCGGAUUUGUGCCUGGACCUGUACAAGGAAUAUGGCACUACAAUGGCUGGCCUUAAGGUAUUCACAAAUUCUGACAAAGCUCAUGUGGAGGAAGCUCUGUGGGGUUUACUAGGAAAAGGAAUGGACAUGGCAGGCGCCAGGGUUCGUCAUCAGGCGGUGUCAGGCCGGUGGACAUCAGACCGCUCUGCAGGGCGCUGCACACGUGGCAUGGCACAUGGUGGUCAAUCUGAAGCAAUUUUAUGUGGGCUAGAUGAGACCCUGGGAAGUAUUAUGGUGAUCCUUUCAUCAGUUUCUUUUGUGAAUUUGUGGGUACUGGAUAAUGCAAAGGCAGACUAUAGCUGCAAGAAAGGGCUUAACAGGUUAUUCCCAUCUGACAUCUCAUGGAAUUUGGUUUGUCUUAAGGAAUUCAGAAAAUCAAAAUAUCAGGUGGAUAUCACCCUUUGCGAUUCAGAACAAUCCCAUGUGCUGGUUGCUGAGUAUAUCAAGUGGGACCUGGGUCUAUGGCUCAAUCUCAGUGAGGCAUUUAGAGCGUUCUUCUUAAGCACAUAUCUUGGGUUGGCAUUUAGCAAAAAGCUUGAAGCGUUGCUUUCUUUAAUCCUAGAUUAA